ACACACACACACACACACACACACACACACACACACACACACACACACACACACACACACACACACACACACACACACACACACACACACACACACACACACACACACACACACACACACACACACACACACACACACACACACACACACACACACACACACACAGGGGUUGGACAAAAAUAAUGGAAGCACCUUAAAGCUAAAAAAACUUCAAGGUGUGACAGAAAAAUAAGUUUAUUUUGAGUCAGAUGACAUGACUGUCCUCUAGAGAACUAAAGCAGGAGCUCCGAGGAUUUUCACCAGUAAAAAAACAGUCGCGCGAGGACAGGACGGUGCCCAUCAGCUCGUUGGUCUGCCAAGGAAGUGGAGCUUUGGCUGAUAUUCUGAUCUUCAAAUGUAGUGUUUACAGUGCAGUGAGAUGCUGAGAUGUGGGCAGAACGUUUCUUCCACCUGACCAAUCACAACAAGGUGGGCAUGGCUCGGAGAUCGAGAUUUCAGUUUUUCAGGUUCCAAGUGUUUUUGAAGGGUGGAACUUAUGCAUAUUUUCUCAAAUGAAUAUGUAAAAUCUGAGAGUUUUGUGCAAACAGAGACGUACUGACGUGUUUAAAAAUGGAUUAAAAUGAGUUCCCCUUCCAGUGUUUUAAAACAAAAUGUGCGCUUCUUUGCAAAAGUAACUUUAUUUGUCACAAACUUCGGAGAAAAGCCAGUGUGACUCGAUUACACGAUUGAUUUUUUUGUGCGGCAUAAACAAUACAUUGUAUUAUUCAGCACCAAUUCCUACGUGCGUCGCCCGGUAGCCUAGUUAGCAGAUGUGGGGUGCAAGAGCCUCGGAUUCAAUUCGCUCCACCGCAGAAUAACAAACAUGGCCAUACCCUUAACCGUCGUAGAAGGGCAAAUAGCAAGAGGCAAGAUUAAAAUCACAUUUAAUAAUGUGUUAUUACCUCAUCUCGAACGACAGCGGUCCAUUGUCCGGCUGCGCAGUGUCAUCAAGUGGGUCUGCUAGAGCAUCUGGCAUUUCUGUAGCCCAACUGGAAAAAAUGCCGAGAUGUAUAACAUCAAACAGGACCUCUUUUUGGCACAUUAUGUUGUAAAUGAGUUUCUAUUGGAGCACUACCCAGCUUCGUUGAAUGUCCAGCUUUCCCCAUCAUGUUCAGCAAAUCCCAGGCCUUCCGAUUCCGACAUCUUUAUCUGACUUCACCGCCGCGCACCAAAAUAGCUAAAGUUUGAUGAAAGCAAAUUCGAAACCUGAGCAUAGAGAUCUAUACAUAAUCAAGAACGAAUACCAUUUUGCAUGGCACUCAAGAUAUUCGCUGAAUGCCUGGGGUUUCCGUUCUGUCAGUAGCCUUUCUAAAGCAACACGGAAGGAAGGGCCAGUGCUAUGCCUGAUUAAAAAUAAUGUAUUUACUCGAUGCUUUUAUUCCAAAUUAGGUGAAGAAUAUGCUAAUUUACCUUCAUGGCGUAAAACUAACGACGACACCCCAAUACAAUGAAAUGCAUUUACUUAAGUAAGGAACUGAAUCAUUCUUUCAUCCGUGCACUCCUGAGGGCAGACUUCGUUGAGAAGCCCAGCACGGGUUGCAUUUGCUCCGCCGUACAAUCAGUCGGGUGCAGACAUGAAAUCCAAGAAGAAAAGGAGACAGGAUGACUUCCAAAAAGUCAAAUUAAAGGUCGGAAAGAGAAAGCCCCAAGCAGAUAACGCCACCAACACCAACUUCCGUUCAAAGGGAAUAAACCUACCCGAACAAUUGAAGACUGACACAAGCGGCCCAACAACACACAGGCAGCUGGGCAUUUAUGAUCUCCUUUCUCAGCUUCAUCAUUACAAUGCGAACGUGAAACACGGUGCCUUGUUAGGUUUGAAGGAACUGUUGUCUUCAAGUCCUUCAGUUUUAGAUCAAUAUCUGUCUCGCUUACUUUCUGAAGUAGCAGCUGUUUUCACUGACAAGGAUGGCAACGUUCGUGUGGCAGCAACACGUGUGCUCAGGUUUAUAGCUCAGUCAGUACCUGCAGAAAGAGUGGCUCCGUUUUUCCCUCUCCUCCGAGCCCACUUGUCUUGCGCCAUGACUCACAUCGAGUCCAGCAUCCAGGAGGAUGCCAUGAAGGUCCUUGAUGUUCUUCUAGACCAUUAUCCUGCCCAACUCGCUGCAAGGCCUGCUGUACUCCUCACCAACUUCCUGGAGUUGAUUUCCCACAGACAGAACGGUGGAGGUGCCAAAAAGGCACAAGAUUCGAAGGGUAGAACAUGGGCUUUGUCCAUCAAUCCCAACAGAAACGUGACCAGUCAGCAGUGGAGACUCUCUGUUCUCCUCAGGCUUGGCAGAUUUCUUCAAGCUGUAGUUGAAGAAAGACCUGUGGAGGAAGGUGACAUAUCAGUUCAGAAUGAAGGAGUGUUUGGUUCCAAGGAUGAUGGGAGACUCACUCCACACUGUCUCACCUGGGAUGAGCUGAGGUGCAACAAGGGCGGGAUUAAGGUCUACGAACAUUCGGGGGCCACACCGACUCAACACUCUUCCUUCAAACUCAGACCUGAGGUGGACUCCAGCGGCACUGAUAUGGAGGGGCUCAAUUCAGCUGAGGCUGUUCAGAACUUUGCCGCCACGCUGGUCCCACUUCUGCUGGAGGUUUGGGUUGAAUCCAGCGCUACAGACACCACAUGGAGCAGCUGUGAAGGAGCUCAUCUGCUCAGCCCAGAUGCCAUGUCAGUCAUGGUCCAAGUCUUGUCUGUUCUUCAACUUCUUCGUAAACUGGCACCGCAGCGCGAACACCAGGAUUCGUUGGAUGCCUGGUUCCGUAAAGAAUUCCUGGGCGAUUUCCAGCAGCAGUUCAUGAAAAAUUUCCCUUAUGGGAUUCAGGAUGUUCCCAGGCACAAAAAAAAAGUUAAUUUGAAACGAAAUAAGCAAGUUGCCACAGUGUCUGGUGCCACAGUGGACCCUCUGGCUUUAAACAUCACCCUGUGCCAGGUGAUGGUCUCGCUCAGCCAAAAAAAUGCGCUUGGCCCAGAAGUAGAUGGAGACUGGCUGGCACCAUUGAGGACAUUUGUCAGGGAGACUCUCAGCAACGAUGUGAAACUGAGCUACAGGCAAUUGUACAUGUUGCUGGGCACCGUGUGGAAGAUGAUGCUUACUCAGCGGAGCAAAACUGUGACUGAAGAACUCUUGGCUGCAGUGUAUUUCUAUUAUCAACAAAAGCACCUGACACUUCAGACCAGAUCGCUACUGCUUUCUUUCUACAGCAAGAUCUAUGAGCAGGAGCAUGGGCACACACAUAUUGCUCGGAGCAAAGUGCUCUCCCGCUGGUUGGGAUCACUUCCGGUCCAGCUGGUCCAGCUUGGCCACCGUAACCCGGCUCUGUCGGCUCGACUCAUCCAGUCCAUCCAGGCAGCUGCGUCCCGAGGCAACACAGAUCUUCUCAGCAGCCUGCAGACGCAAGCAUGCAAGCUCUAUGAUCCAGAGGAAGGGAUUGUGGUCCUCCUCCCAGUAGAGUCCCAGCAGAGAAUGGUGCAACUGCUCUACUUCCUCCCCAAGAUGCCCAAACCUCUGCUGGCCAAUCUGAGCUUCUGCUGCACCGCUGGAAGAAUCUCUGCUUCUCUUGCUGCGUCCCUGAUCCGUAUUGUACACCUGAGGUCAUCUCUUAGUGGAUGGUUAGCUGGCAGUCAGGAGGCUGCUCUCCAGGAUGUGGACUACAUCAGCUUCCUGUUCUCCACCUUAACUGGUUUCUCGUCCGACAAGCUGGCCUCCUUGCAGGAAGCCGCCACGGUCAGGGCCCUGUCCACCUCUUUGCUGUCACCAGUUGGACUCUUCCCAACUCAGCUGGAACAGUUCUCGCACCACUGGGACGUUGUUGAGGAAAUAUGCCACUGCCUGGAAACCUUGGGUUCAAAGUCUCAGUGUUUUGACAUCCUGCAGAGUGGCAUUCAGGAAUACUUGAGCAAACUGAGAGUGGUGCCUGACAGCAUGGCGGCGGGUCUGCUAAGAGCCAUCUCCAGUUUGCUGGACGUGUCUACACUGCCCAACGAGCAAGUGCUUCGCUUCUUGUCUCAGUGUUGCCUCAGUCUGUUGACUCAGCUGGUCACCCAGCAGCAGGAGGCCUCGGCCAACACCAACCACAAAAGGGAGGCGAUUUGGGGAGCUUGUGUGGCAGCUUUGAGCUCCGUCCCCCGUCUGCUGAGGAUGGUGCUGCAGCUGCGCAUUGGAGCUCUGAACGAGGAGGAGAGGCCCCAGCUUGGGCAAAUCCUGUCCAUGCUGCUACAACACACACCACUACACAACCAGCUGAUGGCAAACACAAACCUGCUUGUGGAGAUGAUACAGCACCUUUCGAGAUGCUCUCGUGGGGCGACCCGGGAACAGUGGCUGACCGACCUUCUUUACUGCUACAGUGUCAACAUAGCUCAUGGCUCGAACGCUCAGCGUGGAAACCUCAGUGUUCGGGAACUAUACUGAUGGAACCCCUCCCAUACCAUCAUCAAACGCUGGCAAACAACCCAAUGUUAACAGUCGACCCAUCUUUCUCCAAUUUUGUUAACACCCUUGUUAUUGUCAAACUUCAGUCCAAUGUUUACAGGAUUACCUUUUGAUAUAAAACAAAACACAAUAAAGACCAAGGAAAACAAAACCACAAAGUAAACGUGUAGUUUCUU